CAAAACCUGCCCAUCUCAACCAAAACAGCUCCAAGUCUUAUACUUCAACUUCAGAACUUUCAAUUGUCAUGGCCUCUGAAAAGUGCCUCAAGCCUUGUGAGCAAACCAACCCCUGUGCCCAGCCCACAAACUAUUACCAAAAGACCACCGCAACUUAUGCAUGCCAUGACAAGCCCAAACCCAUUCAUCAUGAACAUUCUCUCACUGGCAUAGUGAAGGAGUUGGCCCAUUCCGCCACCAAGAUUUUCCACCAUAAUGACCAUCACGGACAUGCUGCACAUAACGGAUACUAUGCUCAAGGUCAAGGACACACUGCACAUAAUGGAUACUGUGCUCAAGGUCAAGGCCAAGGCCAUGGCCAUGGACACUCUGCUCACAGUCAUGGCCAUGGACACUCUGCCCACGGUUACGGGUAUAAACAUACAGCCAAUUACUCGACUGGUGCUGCUCAUGGAGGUCUGAACGGAUACACUACGAAUAACGGAGGGCAAAGCUUGCAAAAGUCACAUGAACACAAGAAGCUGAUGAAGCAGAGGGAAAAGAAGCUUAGUGGCUGCAGCAGUGAGAAUGGAAGCAGCAGCGAGGGCGAGUUCGAGUGCGAGUGCGAGUGCGAGUGCGAGACACUGAAAAAGACGUACUGAGAGAAGACCGCCUGUCAUAAUCAAGAGAUCCAAGUGCACCACUAUAUAUACUAAUAAUAAAUAAGACAAAUGAAGAGAAUCUGAUUUCUGCAUGCAGUGUGUGUAAUAUUAUUAAAUAAUCCGCAGCUGAGCGCCUGAUGAUGAUCAUCAUGUACUAAGAUACUUUACAGCUUUAGACAGUUGUGGGACCUUAUGAACUGUAUCUGUAUUUACUUCCAAGAACAUCCGUACCUAUGUUCUAUUAUGUUUUUAAUAAAUUUGAAGUGAUAUAUAUAUACAGCUUGUACUUGUCAA